AUGGCAAACCCAAGGGGGGAAUGUAAGGUCAUUACACUAAGGAGUGGGAAGGAAGUGAAGGAAGCCCUAAGGGAAACACAAAAGAAAGAAGUUGAUAAAGGUAUAAGUGACAAAGAAGAAACAGAAGCACCUACCCUCAAUCCUCCCCAAGAAAAAGAGUUCCUGAGGCCAUACAUUCCAAAAGCUCAUUACCCUCAACGAUUGAGAAAGAGUGAAAAUGACAACCAAUUCUUCAGAUUCUUGGAGACUUUCAAGAAACUCCAAAUCAACAUACCCUUUGCUGAAGCACUAGAGCAAAUGCCACUUUAUGCUAGGUUCUUGAAGGAGUUAAUAACCAAGAAAAUGAGCUGGAAAAAUGAUGAAACUGUAGUGUUGAUAGAGGAGUGCAGUGCUAUCAUUCAACACAAACUACCACAGAAACUGAAGCACCUUGGGAGCUUCCAAAUCCCUUGUGUUAUAGGAGAAAUCACCAUGAAAAAGGCCUUAUGUGAUUUGGGAGAAAGCAUUAAUUUGAUGUCUUUGGCAAUAAUGAAAAUAAUGAAGAUUAAAGAAGCCAAACCAACAAGAAUGGCUCUCUAA